AUGUACCGGGAAGAGUGCCUGCGGGCGGGGCUGGCAGGCGAGAGGGAGUCCCGGGAGGCAUGGCAUUGUCGUAAGCAGCGGCACACCGGUGGUACCCUCCUAAAUUUGUCCUUUCCAUUCCUCCCCAAGCAGGCAUCGCAACGGGAUGCAGCGUCCACCCAUCGUCGUCUUCCGCCGACGCCCGCUGAUUCUGACCAAAUCUUCGACCAGGAGGACCAAGCGGCCGAGAUCGCCCUGACCUUGGUGGGUUCCUUCCAAGCCAUGGAGAAGAAGGUGGAUUUGCACACCAGCCGUCUGCUGGACCUGGAAGGCAGAACCGGGACAGUGGAGAAGAAGGUUCUGGAUUGCGAGAAGACGACGGGAGAGAUCAGCGGCCGGCUGGAGAGCAAGUGGGCCGCCCUGGGGACCCUCAUUCAGGAAUACGGCCUGCUGCAACGCCGCUUGGAAAACAUGGAGAACCUAUUGAAGAACCGCAACUUCUGGAUCCUGCGCUUCCCGCCAGGCUCCAAGGGCGAGACCCCAAAAGUGCCGGUGACCUUCGACGACAUGUCAGUCUACUUCAACGAGAAGGAAUGGGAGAAACUGGAAGAAUGGCAGAAGGAACUCUACAAGAACUUGAUGAAGGGCAACCACCAGUCCUUGGUCUCUUUGGAUUAUGCCAUUUCCAAGCCAGGUGUGUUGUCCCAGACUGAGCGGGCGACCGACUCCUGUCAUGAAGACAAUGGGGACUCAGAAGAGCAGGGAAGACUUCCUGACGCCACAGCAGGUGAGUUCCAGCAUCCCUUGGGAAGAGAUUUACAAGGAAAUUAAAUGAAAUUAUCUUUAGAUAAGGCAAGGAUG